AGACUUACAAAAAAUAGUAGGGGUAAUACUGAAGUUGUCUAAUAUCACGUUUCAAAUAUGGCUUCUUUUUUUAAGAACAGUAUUGGUGUUUUGUGUCGUAACUAUCCCCUAGUCGUAUCUUUAAAGUUUGAAAGGCUGCGAAGUAGUAGUGCAGUAUUUCCCCAAGGAAUGCACAAAGGAAAAGUCGCUAUUGUCACGGCUGCUACCAGUGGGAUUGGUUUAGCAAUUGCCAGACGUCUUGCAAAGGAAGGAGCCAAUGUGGUAAUAAGCAGUCGAAAACAAGAAAAUGUAACAAGAGCUCUUGCAGAGCUGAAGUCUGAAGGACUAAACAUUUCAGGAUGUGUUUGUCAUGUAGGAAAUGAGGAACAUCAAGACUUGUUGGUCAAUAUGACUCUAGAGCAGCAUGGUGCGAUUGACAUUCUGGUGUCUAAUGCAGCAGUGAAUCCAUUUGUAGGUAAAAUAGUGGAUUGCAGCAAGGAAAUGUGGCAAAAGAUAUUUGAUGUAAAUGUGACUGCAAGCUUCUUACUAGCAAAGCAUGUUGUCCCGCACAUGGAGAAACGGGGAGGUGGCUCUAUAGUGCUUGUGUCUUCUACUGCUGGUUACCACCCUAUUCCAACCAUUGGUCCAUACAGUGUCAGCAAGACUGCCCUUCUUGGGCUAACAAGAACUCUGGCUCUUGAACUUGGUCCUAUGAACAUUCGUGUGAACUGCAUGGCCCCUGGCCUUACCAGAACUAGGUUCAGCACAAUUUUGCAGCAGAGUCCAAGGCUGAACCGAAUGUUAACUGAAAACUUGCCUAUAGCAAGAAUUGGGCUACCAGAGGAGUGCGCAGGUGCUGUGAAUUUUCUUUGCUCUUCAGAUGCUUCGUUUAUUACUGGAGAAACGAUUGUUGUGGCUGGUGGAGGCUAUUCCAGGCUCUAACAUUUUUCUCAAUACAAAUGAAAAGCUGGAAAAACUAUUUGCUGCCUUGAAAGAAGUGAAAAAAAAAUAAAAUGUUCUGAACAUG